CUCCCAUCGUUCCCGCCGGCCCCACUUCUCACUGCACGCGCGCGCCGAACAGCCUCGGCGUAUGGCCACAGUGACGUCGACGCCGAGCUAUUGGACAGAGCAAGCAGCAUGACCAUGACUGCGGACGGUGCCUCCUCCGCCGGCAGCUCUGUGCCCCUGAAAGUCGUCGUGUUGGGUGGUAGUCGAUUCGACAAGCACCCUCAACUCGACAACAACUCGAGGUACCUCGUCGUCUACCCGUCACUGUCAUCGGUCGCCACACACUUGCUCGCAGCGCACGCUGCUGCAGCAAGCAGACCAAGUCAGCCACCCAAGAUGCUCACCCCGCCAUACCACUUUAGCAUCGUCUCGGCUCCUCUUGGGCCCAACUCGUCCUCGAACCACAUUCUCUAUCGCGGCUCGUUCCCCGCCGCGCGAAACGCGUCGUUCCUCCGCCGCCUGGGAAUCAAGACACUCGUGUGCCUCCGCAAAAAGCCACUCAAGGACGAUGAGCCGCUUGCUGUCUGGGCCGCCAAGCGCGGCAUCGACGUCCAGUGGGUCAAGGCUGAGAAGAUGACAGAGGAGCGGCUCGGAAUGGAGCGCCAGGAGGUCAGCGACGUCCUCAAGAUCCUGCUCAACCCAUCGGCGUACCCGAUCUACAUCGCAGACGUCGAUGGGACCUCGCACACGACCCUCGUCGUCGCGGCUCUUCGCAAGCUUCAAGGCUGGCACCAGGACUGCAUCGUGAACGAGAUAUUUAGAUUCGAACCAGACCACGACGAUCUGCCCCUCGAGUCCUUCAUGUCAUCGUAUCUGUCGAUAUCAGGUUCGGGCAAGGACGACCCACAGGCGUCGCUCAGCCUGCCGCCAGCGCCAUACCCAUCAUGGCUGUGGCCGACAGCACCAGUGGUCCCUGAGAAGUCGCGGCAUACCAUUCCCUUCCGCAAUGAGCGGUCAUCGUCGAGCGGGCCGUCGAUGCGCAGCGAUCGGGACAGGGCGGCUUCGGGCGCCAGCUCGACGUCAACGGCCUCAGCGGCGACAUCGCUACCGUUCCCCAACCCUCUGACAGUUCGGCGGCAUCCAAGCAUGCGUCUCACGUUCCCCGCACAGCCGCUAUCGUCGGUGGGGGCGGCAUCCUCAACGCAGUCCCGCUCGGUUGCAUCGAGCCUGUCAAAGACGCCGCUCAGCGAGGACGCAUUGGGCCUGUCGCAGAUCUCGACGUCGGCGCCAGACGCCCCAUCACCGCCUGUAGCCCCCGGCAUAGGCGCUCGCCGGGUAUCGUUCCACGACCCCAGUGCGAGAUUCGACCCGGGCCACGACUUAACCGACUCGCCUACGGGCUUUACGGGCCAGAGUGCUGCGCGGUGGAACGGGCGGACACCCAGUGGCGGGUCGGGCGGCGUCGAGGGCGACAUUUCUGCAUUCGGCGACGACGACGAGGAUGAUGAUGACGACGAUGCGGAUCAGGAUAGCCACGGAGACGAGGAGGACGACGCCGACCUCGAGGAGGACGAGUACUCUGAGGACGAGGAGAGCGAGGAGGAGGAGGAGGACGAGGAGGAGGACGAAGACGAGCCGCCAACCUCACAGUUUAUCAGCGCGCUCGACCUCGCUGGGUUUGGGUAG